AUGCCGUCUCUCCUGGAGCGGGCCGCUUCCAACGGCACCUCACGCAUCGACCCCACACAUGACCAACGCAACACCAUCAUUGUCGCCUGCUGCUACGCCGUCGCCAUCGUCAUCCUCUGGAACGUACCAAUCCUCAACUACCUCCUCUAUCCCUUCAAACUGCUCACCGUCGGCUUCCACGAAUUCUCGCACGCAGCCGUUGGGCUGUGCACGGGAGCGAAGAUCGAAUCCAUCACACUCGAACCCAACGAAGGUGGUGCUACACGGAUGCGCGGUGGAAUCCCGUGGCUCACCCUCCCCGCCGGCUACCUUGGAUCGUCUGUUAUCGGAGCAGCUCUCAUCGCAUGUGGGUUCGACGAACGUGCCUCCAAAGUCGCCAGUAUCGUCGUCGGCGUGUUCUUCUUGUUCACCUUGUGGUGGGCGAGGAGGGACUGGUUGACCUGGGUGCUGAUCCUCGUCAUGUGCGGUCUUUUCGUGCUCUUCUGGUUGGUGGCGGGCAGCAUCGCGUUGAGGUACUUUGUACUCUUCAUCGGUGUCAUGAACUGCCUCUACUCGGUGUGGGACAUCUGCGACGACCUCAUCUUCCGAAAGGUCAACGAGUCGGACGCAAGUGCGUUCAGCAAAGUCGUAGGUGGUGCACCGCAGUUCUGGGGAGUCGUGUGGCUGUUGAUCUCGAUAGCCUUCUUCGGCGCAGGGAUCGUGGUGGGCAUCCUGGCUUUCAAGACGCCCGUGGCACAACAGCAGGCGGACAACUUUUUGGACGUCAACCUCAAACGUUCCGUCCUGCUCUCCGAGUUUGGCUUGUAG